ACGGAAUGUUCUCGGAUGCGUGGCCGAUAGGUUUGCCAGCCAUAUCGGUGCGUCUGCCAGGUGCACAAGACGUAGCAAGGAUCAGGCACUUAAAUGGACAUUUAAUCGAUAUUAUAUAUCUAGUGAUGACCAAAUGGUAAAUGAACAGUGGAGUUUAGUGCUUGGUCUCAUGAACAUGACAAACUGGAUUAUUGAAACACAGGUUCUCAGAUAAUCGCAUUAGACGGUCUCAAAUCCAACCGAUAUACUUUUUGAGCUACAAGAAUAGAUUAAAGCGUAUCCAGGACUUGAGCUGGUGGUGAGGGGGAAGGACGAGUGAGUUGCUCAGCCAAGUUUUAUGGUGAAUGAUAAAAAAGUAGUUUUCGAAUUUAACAAGUGGCUCUAGGUACAUUUGCUGCAAGUCAAUAUCCGUUACAUAUGCUGGCAUUCUUCUGAAGAAGAAUAUUCACUGGAUUUUGGAUUCUAGAAAUUCUCUCUGAGGAACUUGUCUGCGAUGCUGCUCCUCUGCUUGCUGGAAUCACUUGCAAUAGUUUAUACACUACAUCCAUGCCAGUAGUCUGCCAAUCAUUUUAAAAUGCAUGGUAGAGGGUUUAUUGUGGAUGAUUUGUGUCCAUAUAUUCCAGGAUGCACCGACAUAAUGACUGGGUACUCUCAAGGAGGAUGUUUAUUGAGGCUGUAUUAUCCCACAUCACUCCCACACAAUGUGGAUCAUUCCAGCAAGUGGUUCUCUUGGAUGCCAAGUAAUGAGUAUCUUGAUGGAUUUGCCUAUGUUAUGGGACUGUGGAGGUUUCUCUUCCGGCUCGUGUAUUACCUGCUGGCAGGCGAUGCAAAAGUUACUGCUGCUUGGGGAGCAGAUGUUAAUACUAAACUUAAAAAGCUACCAGUCAUUAUACUUUCACAUGGGCUUGGAGCAUCACGUUUUCUCUAUUCCUGUGUGUGCAAUGAACUAGCUUCUCAUGGGUACCUGGUUGCUGUCAUUGAACACAGAGAAAAUUCAGCAGGUGCUACUUGGUAUUAUGAGUCAAAGAAGGAUAGAGAUGAGGACAAACGUACCUGGAUAAAAUUCAAACAUAUUCCACUAGGAAAGGACCAUUAUGCAGAACGCAAUAAACAGAUUAAGAAAAGAGCGAGUGAGUGUAUUAAAGCUGUUGACCUGCUGGAGAGGAUAAAUGCGGGAUCUAAUGUGGAAAAUAUUCUCGACAAUGGCUUCCUUCUGACUCAGCUUAAGGAUCGCUUGGAUCUGAGUAAUCUGGUUAUGAUGGGGCAUUCAUUCGGUGGUGGUACAGCCCUGCUGGCCCUAGGGACAGAUUCUCGAUUUAGGCUUGGCAUAAUUUUGGAUGGUUGGAUGUUUGCUCUAAAGGAAGAAAUUGACUUGCCAAAGAAGGUUACUCAACCAGUAAUUUUCAUCAACACACAGACUUUCCAAAUACCAGCAAAUGUCUCAGUCAUGCAAAGAUUUAUAGAAGAGAGACCAACACAAAACACAGAACGAGCAGGAUAUACAAUAAAAGCAACAACACAUGAAAGUCAGUCAGAUACUCCUUUUCUCCUAGGCUACUGGCUCAAUCUCACCAUGAAGAAGAUAAAUGCUUUAACUGCGAUAAGGGUUAAUAAUCAUCUAAUACUGGAUUUUCUUCAGAGGCAUAUUGGUGUCCCUGAGGAGAACAGAAGCCAAGAAUACCUCAAAACACAGUCUCAUCAUAUCGCCAAAGCACUUGCCAUCAUUUGAAUCACAUGACAGAAUAUUAAGCUGAACUCAUUGACUGGUUGUAAAUAAGUAAUUGACCAAAGGGCCAAGCACUUGGCAUUACUAGUAAAUAGUUACAACUCUUGUGUUUGUGGCAGCAUUCACUUUUGUCCAAUACAAAAGAGGUGUUUGUGAUGUGAAAUGUAUCUCUGUUUGAUAAAAAAUGUGUAAAAGGCCACAAAUAAAAUGCAGCACAAAACCUGA